CACCCGGAACCCCUCGUAUAAAAAUAGGUUGACCACUCUUCGUUUUCAAUUAAACAAUAACAUUUAAAUAGCAACCACCGUGUGUAGUAGACGUGAACUUUAUUAACGAAAAUGAGGGAAAUCGUACAUUUACAAGCCGGACAAUGCGGAAACCAAAUUGGUGCCAAGUUCUGGGAAGUUAUCUCAGAUGAGCACGGUAUCGACCCCACAGGAACCUACCAUGGAGAUUCAGAUUUACAGUUAGAACGAAUCAACGUCUACUAUAACGAAGCUACAGGUGGAAAAUAUGUACCACGUGCUGUUUUGGUCGAUUUGGAGCCUGGUACAAUGGACUCUGUCCGAUCUGGACCAUUUGGUCAAAUUUUUAGACCAGACAACUUUGUUUUCGGACAGAGUGGUGCAGGAAACAACUGGGCCAAAGGACAUUACACAGAGGGUGCUGAACUUGUAGACUCCGUUCUCGAUGUUGUCAGGAAAGAGGCAGAAAGCUGUGAUUGUCUUCAGGGAUUCCAACUUACACACUCACUUGGUGGUGGCACCGGAUCAGGAAUGGGAACACUACUCAUCUCCAAAAUUCGUGAAGAAUACCCAGACAGAAUAAUGAACACAUUUUCAGUUGUACCAUCACCAAAAGUAUCAGACACAGUCGUUGAACCAUACAAUGCCACACUCUCUGUACAUCAACUGGUAGAAAACACAGAUGAAACAUACUGUAUCGACAACGAGGCUCUAUACGAUAUUUGCUUCAGAACCCUAAAACUUACUACACCAACAUACGGGGAUCUUAACCAUCUUGUAUCCGCAACAAUGUCAGGUGUCACAACUUGUCUGCGAUUCCCAGGUCAGUUGAAUGCUGAUCUUCGUAAAUUGGCAGUCAACAUGGUACCAUUCCCACGUCUCCAUUUCUUCAUGCCAGGAUUCGCACCCCUGACAUCACGUGGUAGCCAACAGUACAGAGCUCUAACUGUUCCAGAACUUACUCAGCAGAUGUUCGAUGCUAAGAACAUGAUGGCAGCUUGCGAUCCUCGUCACGGCAGAUACCUCACAGUUGCUUGUAUGUUCCGUGGCCGUAUGUCAAUGAAGGAGGUUGAUGAACAAAUGUUGAACGUACAGAACAAAAACAGCAGCUACUUCGUUGAAUGGAUUCCCAACAACGUCAAGACAGCCGUCUGUGACAUUCCACCACGUGGUCUCAAGAUGUCUGCCACAUUUAUUGGUAACAGCACUGCCAUCCAGGAACUCUUUAAGAGAAUCUCAGAACAAUUCACCGCUAUGUUCCGUCGUAAGGCUUUCUUGCAUUGGUACACUGGCGAGGGUAUGGACGAGAUGGAAUUCACAGAAGCCGAAUCCAACAUGAACGAUUUGGUCUCAGAAUACCAACAAUACCAGGAUGCAACAGCAGAAGAGGAAGGAGAAUUCGAAGAGGAAGAAGGAGAAGAGGAAGCUUAAACAUUUCCUCCAGCUCAAUGAACUUUAAACUGUUACUUUCAAUCUCUUAUCUUGACAAAUCUUGAAAUCCUACAUUCAAUCAUGAACUUUGAACUCUUGUCUGUUGUUAUGAACGAUUUGGUCUCAGAAUACCAAUAAUACCAGGAUGCAACAGCAGAAGAGAAAGGAGAAUUCGAAGAAGAGGAAGAAGGAGAACAAGAAUAAUUUUAAGAGAGAAACUAAAGAAUAAUUUACUGAACAAUACUAAAUCAUUUGUUUUAAAAAGCGCAAAAUGAAAAAAAAGUCAUUAAAAAAUGUUUGGAUACAAACAAACUCUUGUUAACCUUCACCUAUCUAUUGAAAACUUUACACCAUAUAUAAUGAUAUUAAAUUAUUUGCUAAAAACA